AGUUUGAUUUGAACAAGAUGGCGACGCCCACGAAAGUUGAACAGUAUGAGCUUUGCGAACGUCUUAGCGAGUCUGAAUUCUCUGUACAGAUUUCUCUGGAAGUAUGUUAAACACAGUUGCGGUUACGAAUUAAAAUCAGAUCUUAACCAGAAGGAUUCUGCAUCUGAAAACUAUUGACCCUGCUUUCAUGUAACCCUUCCAUCCUUAAUCAAGAAGUCCCAAAACACAUCAGGCUCAUCUGUGCUGUUAAUACCAUCUUCUUGCUGGACUCUUUGCCUCAUUGAGGAGCCAUGCAGCUGGAGGUAUAUCGGCUACUCUCGUGUCACUUGCGGCUGGCUUGGUCCCUCCAGCACAGAGAUACUGCCCUGGCACUGCCCUGUGCUGUGGUUGCCUACCGGUCCAUCUACAGUGAAACAGGCGUGUGGGAGAGGGAGUACAAGGUGGAGACGCGGCGCAGGGUAGAGUGCUGCUGGAGGCCUCGCAUCAAGGAGCUGAUGUGCAGAGAGCCUGAGGGGCUGGGUUCUCAGAGGAAGAAAUUUUAUGUGUUGGCCAUGUUCCCGUACCCCUCGGGCCAACUUCACAUGGGCCACAUGAGAGUGUACACCAUCUGUGAUGCCAUUGCACACUUCCACAGGAUGAAAGGUCACCAGGUGCUGAAUCCCAUGGGCUGGGAUGCAUUUGGGCUCCCUGCGGAGAACGCCGCCAUUGAGAGAGGACUCGACCCGGAUGAAUGGACCAGAAGGAACAUCCAGUCCAUGAAAGAACAGCUGAAUGGCCUGGGACUGUGCUUUAACUGGGACCGUGAAAUAACAACUUGUUUACCCGAGUAUUACAAGUGGACACAGUACUUCUUUGUCAGACUCUUUAAGGCAGGAUUGGCCUAUCAGAAAGAGGCAUUGGUGAAUUGGGACCCAGUGGACCAGACGGUGCUGGCAAACGAACAGGUGGAUGAGAAUGGCCGCUCCUGGAGGUCUGGGGCACUUGUGGAGCAGAAGCUGCUGAAGCAGUGGUUCAUCAAGACCACCAAUUAUGCCAAGCCGCUGUUGGAUGCUUUAGCAGACCUGCCAGAGUGGUACGGAGUCAAGAUGAUGCAGGCAAACUGGAUCGGCGAGUGCACUGGCUGCUAUUUUGACUUCCUGUUGAAGCUGAACGGAAAGGAGACGGGAGAGAAGUUGAUUGCCUACACAUCAUCUCCUGAGGCUGUGUUUGGGGCUGCUUUCGUCUCCAUCCUGCCCUCCCACUGGCUUUUGCAAGGCUCCAGCCCCUGCCGUCGACCCCUUGAGGAGGCCUUUCAGCCGGAUAAAGACUGUCUGACGCCUGUCACUGCUCUUAAUGUGUUCACUGGCCAGGAAGUGCCUGUGAUCAUCUCUUCCCAAGAGCAGUUCCAAGAUCACCUGGACACUGUCAUUGGGGUGCCAGACUGCAGUGUGGAGGCAGCAGAGUUGGCUAGUGCGCUUGGCCUCACAUGGGACACAGUGCUACAGACCCACCCUGAUGGAAGAGUCACACUGAGCAGCUCUGCAGAGUUUACUGGUCUCAGCAGGCAGGAAGCCUUUGAUGCUAUCACCCAGAAAGCCAGGGACAGGGGUGUGGGCGGCCACUUCACCAGCACCAAAUUGCGGGAUUGGCUGAUCUCUAGGCAACGCUACUGGGGCACACCCAUUCCUGUGGUGCACUGCCCCACAUGUGGCACAGUGGCAGUGCCCGAGGAGGAGCUUCCGGUCACACUUCCACAGCUUUCGUCUCUAACAGCGAAGGGGAAGUCACCUCUGGAGGCUGCUACCCACUGGACCAACACGCAGUGCCCCAGGUGCCAAGGUCCAGCACAGAGGGAGACAGACACUAUGGACACAUUUGUGGACUCAGCCUGGUAUUACUUCAGAUACACGGACCCAAGGAACACACAGCAGCCCUUUGACCACUCCCUUGCGGACCACUGGAUGCCGGUGGAUGUCUACAUUGGGGGGCAGGAACACGCAGUCAUGCACCUCUACUAUGCUCGUUUCUUCAGCCACUUCUGCAAGGAUCUGCAUUUGGUUUCGCACAGGGAGCCUUUCCAGAAACUUUUGGUUCUGGGUCUGAUCAAGGGUCAGACCUUCUGCCUAGCAGAUAGUGGCCAGUACCUGUCACGAAAUGAUGUGGACUUCUCAGGUCCUGAGCCAGUCCAGAUUGGCAGUGGACGGAGUGUGAAGGUAACCUGGGAGAAAAUGAGCAAGUCCAAACACAAUGGCUUAGUACCCCAGAAAAUGGUGGAUCAGUAUGGCAUUGACACCGUGCGUCUCUGCAUCCUGUCUGCAGCACCCCCUGAGCAAGACAUUCUGUGGGAUCACAAAAUGGAUGCUCUCGCAGGAGUGUUGCGCUGGCAGGCACGGCUGUGGGGUCUCGUCACCAAACUGAGGGAGGCCAGGCAGACAAGCGGUUCGCCCAACUCUGAGAUGCUCAGCAGGAAAGAACAUGUGGAGGCCAAGAAGCUCUGGACAUUGAAGAAUGCCACCGUGUCUGCGGUCACACAUCAUUACACAGAUGACUUCCUGCUCAAUGCUGCUAUCUCUCGCCUCAUGAUCCUCACCAGAGCUCUUUCUCAAAGCUCCCCCCACGUGGUGCUGCACAGCAUCGAGUUCGAAGAGGCCCUAGCAGUGCUCUGCAUGAUGAUAGCCCCCAUGGCCCCCCACCUGGCAUCUGAGCUUUGGGCAGGCCUGUCUCAUGUACAGAACCCACUAAGUGCCCUGCUGUCUGUAGGAGGCGAUGUGCUCCAAAAGCCCUGGCCCACUGUGGAUCCCAAGUACCUGGAAACCCCUGAAAGUGUGGAUGUUUCAGUGCAGAUCAACAACCGGGCCUGUGGGGUGGUCACUGUACCCAGCCAGGUGGCCCAGGAUGUGGAUCAGGUGCGGCAGCUGGUGCUGGAGAGCCCGCUGGGCCUCCAGCACCUUGCUACUAGUACCAUCAAGAAGGCCAUCCUCUCCCCCAGGACAGCCCUCAUUAACUUCCUGGUGGAAGACUAACAACACAGACCAGUCUUCCUUUACAGUGCUCAGUGGUGGAACCAGCUGUCCAUUCCUAAGACCAGAGGACUGAGUUAUUAGGCUGAUGUCCACCUGAUGUUCAGUCAUGGGACACUGGAAAAUUCUGUUGCCUUUUGACAAGCUGUUCAGUGAUCUGUGGGAACAGUGAAACUAGGAACUAAACAGCAAAGGUAAUCAUUCACUUUUGUUAACUACUUGUCCGGAUCAUAUUCUGGAAUCAUUUGGUGCAAGGCUGGGGGCAAUAUAUCCUGUCUGGAAAAUAAAAAACAACCUAGGACAUGUUUCCCUUCAGUUCCGUGGGGGGAAAACUCACUCCGCCUGCUUCAAAGUGAAUGGCAUAGACUGCUGCUUGUUGGUUUAUGGAAGUGAUGCUGGGACGAAACAGGUAUUGCAUCCU